GAGUACGGUUUUUCUUCUUGUUCACUCUGUCAGGUGCGUCCAUGUCUUCACCUGUCACUCUUCAGACCGCGCAGAAGAAUGAAGAAAUACAACUUGAGCAGUAUUACAGGAGUGCUUUUCAAAAACUCAGUUGCAGCUGAGCAGGAUAACAGUGAUUCUAACAAGCAAGAUCCUCAUGUUGGGCGAGAAGAUGAAAACACUGACAGAGGAAACUGGAGCAGCAAAAGAGAGUACAUGCUGUCUAUGAUCGGCUAUGCUGUUGGGCUUGGAAACGUGUGGAGAUUUCCAUACUUGGCUUACAAACACGGGGGAGGGGCCUUCCUCAUCCCCUACACUAUCAUGCUGGCUGUUGCUGGCCUUCCUCUCUUCUUGGAGAGCUCUUUUGGACAGUUUUGCAGCCAAGGCCCCAUCAAUGUGUGGAAAUCUGUGCCUAUACUGCAAGGCGUUGGCAUGCUAAUGAUGCUGGUUAGCACUUUUGUGGCAAUCUACUACAAUGUGAUCAUUGCUUAUAGCAUCUACUACCUUUUUGCAUCUUUUCAACAUCCUCUCCCUUGGAGUGCGAAGCCCUGCAACUCGACUGUUACGUACAACAUUACUGUUGCAGCACUGAAUGUGACAGCUGAGAAUCAAACCUGCAAGAAUGAAUUUUCAGCAGGCCAGAGCCCCAGUGAGAAAUACUGGGAUGAGGUGGUUCUUCAGCGCACUAGCAGUAUGGAUGAGACGGGACCUGUGGUUUGGCACCUUGCCCUUUGCCUCCUGCUUGCCUGGAUACUAGUCGGAGCAGCUCUCUUCAAAGGCAUAAAGUCCUCUGGGAAGGUGGUGUAUUUCACAGCUACUUUCCCAUACAUCGUUCUUUUUAUCCUGCUGAUUCGUGGGGUGACUCUGGAGGGGGCAAAAGAUGGCAUUGAGUUCUACAUCGGUUCAAAGUCUAACCUCACCAAAUUGGCCGAUUCUGAGGUUUGGAAGGAUGCAGCUACCCAGAUCUUCUUUUCUCUCUCCAUUGCAUGGGGUGGUUUGACGGCUCUGUCCUCUUACAAUAAGUUUCACAACAACUGCUAUCAAGACUCCAUUGUAGUGUGCAUUACAAACUGUGGCACCAGUGUCUUUGCCGGCUUUGCCAUCUUUUCUAUCCUUGGAUACAUGGCGCAUAUCUACCAGAAACCAGUGUCAGAAGUUGCAGAUGCAGGGUUUGGAUUGGCGUUUAUUGCGUACCCUGCUGCUCUUUCUGAGCUGCCUAUUUCACCCCUGUGGUCGAUCCUGUUCUUUGUCAUGCUUAUUACCCUUGGCUUGGACUCCCAGUUUGCAGGGAUAGAGGUUAUCACCACCUGCCUCCAAGAUGCCAAUCCCAAGCUUUUGAAGUCCAAGCGAGGAAUUGUUACGACAGUGGUCUGCAUUGUUCUCUUUUUGCUGGGCUUGCCAUGUGUCACUAGGGCAGGAAUAUAUUGGGUGAAUUUAAUUGACACUUUUUGUGCUGGAUGGAUUCUCCUGGUCGCUGGAUUACUGGAGGUCUUAGGCCUUUCCAUCUUGUAUGGUGGUAAUCGGUUCAUUAAAGACAUUGAGAUGAUGAUUGGGAGUAAGAGCACCCUCUUCUGGUUAUGGUGGAGAGCGUGCUGGUUUUUUAUCACCCCGGUGGUUCUUUCUAUUAUUCUUGUAUGGUCCUUGUAUACUUUUACAUCCCCCACAUAUGGCUCGGUUGCAUAUCCAAAAUGGGGCAUUGCCCUGGGCUGGUGUAUGACUGCAUUUUGUCUCAUUUGGAUCCCUAUUCUUGCAGUCUGGAAAGUGUGCAAAGCGAGUGGAGGCCCCUGGCAGCGUAUCAAAGCAGCCUGUUCACCCACAGAGGACUGGGGUCCUUACUUGGAGUGUCACAGAGGGGAGCGCUAUGGUACUAGAGGAGCGACUGAUGCAAAUAUAUUUGUAAUCUCAAAUAAAUCCACUAGGUUGUAAAAAGGUUUUGUUAAAGCAUAGUAUUUUAAUGUAUUUGUACAUGUAUACAUAUGUAGCACUAGUAUCUUAGUAACUUGUAUUUUAGCUGUAUAUACUUUAUAGUUGUAAUCCUUUUGUUUGAUUGCUUGUGCAUUUUCCCGCGUAGAGUUGUCCAUUUAAAUUUUAAAAUGAGAUUUUUUACCUUUUGUAUGUUUGUAUGUUUACAUUUAUCUUUUUGAAAAUUGCAAAUCAAAAUUAUUUUAAUUGAAAUGUUUUUUUGAAUAAAUAAGUACAAAUAUUCAUAUUUAAAAAUAUAUAUAAUCAGUACGAGUUAGCAGACGUACAACUGAAAAGUCUUGGAUGUUGUCUUACAAAUGUUUUUAAUUUCAAAAAGAGUGGGAACAUUUAAGGUUUCAUAAUUUAAAAUGCAUUUCUAUAUAUUUAUUUAUUUUUUUAAGUAACAGUGAUAUUCUAAAUGCAAGCAUUCUGAUUCCCAGGCAACAUAUGCAUUAAAUGUUAUCACUCGUA